CCCAAAUCACGGAGAUACUACUGUCACCUGUGAACCGGUAGGGAUAGAGGGAACGAGGUUAUUCUUUAAACGAAUUCACUUUGUAUGAUAAAGCAAAAUGAUGGUUUCGCGAUGGUUUUUCACACGGCGGUCAUAUUUGCUGCCUUGACAGGAUUUAUCGAAGUAUUUUGCAGGGGCUCUUCAACAUCAGGUUAGCUUCUACCAAACUUUCCAAUCUAUCACUCGAUUUUCGCUCGGCUAGAGCCGUGAGCAUUUGUGGUAAUGAACGGUAAAACCGUCAAAUUAGAAAUUCGGAAUCCGCACUUCGACUGUCUACCAUUGAGCCACAGAUACAGAGAUCAGGCUCAUGGUGAGCUUCGCCAUUCCUAGGUUCAUAUGUCAUCAAUAUCUACGUCAAGUAGAUCGGCCUGCGUCGUUACUUACUUAGGUCGUGCUUCCAUUGUGAUCAACUAUUUUAUUUUGGUUGGGUUGGUUGAUUUUUCCGCGUAUUAUUGGGAAAAAAUAUUUUAGUUUGAUGAGGAUGAGUAACUUUUUCAACCGUGAAAAGUGGUUGUACAUGUAGCAGUCGUCUUCAAAGGCAAUUUUAUUGGAUUUUAUCUUAUCCUAUACUGCCCCUCACAGCAUACAAUGCAGAAACAGAGCUUGCAAUUUCAGCCCCUUGGCAUAACAUCUAUUCUGAACUUUGAAAUCAGAAUUACAUUAAAUGUACUUAAGAGGCUCCUUGAUUUGGUUUUAAAACCUUGAAGGCAAUUACAUUCAUUUCUUGGUUACUUCAUAACACAAGCAUUUUAGACUGCAGCAGUUUUAUAUAAUUGAUUGGUGUUAUUGGUGUGUGUUUGGAGGACAAAGAGCAUGAGUGACUGUGUUAGGACUUGUGGUAUAUUUUUCCUCCUCCUCCUUUUCCAUGUGACUUUCCCUUUGCUUUCUCCUCAUGCAUGCCUUCCACUUCCCCCUCUUGCUUAAAAAAUGCAAAACAAUUAUUUGCACUCUACAGGCUAUUCACCGGAAGACUUAAACUCUCUCCACCUUAACUGGUUGCACUUGAUAUCAAUGAUCUGGAGAGAGCAUGACCAAAUAUUUUCAUGGGUUGUCACAGUAUAUUUCUUUAAAACAAAUGAGAAAUGCAAGCUUUCCCUGGCCUUCUCUUUUGGAGUUGUUGAUAGGCAUUGUUGUUGAAAGCUGACCAAUACUAAGAUCUCUCAGUGUAUUCAUCAAAAAAAUUUGAGAACAUCCUAUAGCAUGAAAAAAUUAUAAUGGAUAUGAGAAAAUAUGUCAGAUGAAACUGAUAAAUAACCAAAAGAGAGAAAUAAAUUGCGAAAGACAAAAUUGAAAUAAGCUGGUAUCAGCUCCAAAUGUGCAAGAAGGGAAGGCUUGGCAGUUGUUUGCACUUAAAUUAAUGAUGUUAAGAUUCAUAAGUUUUCUUCUAGUGUGUGAAGAUCAAUUGCCACUGUUUAAUUUAGUUGUUGUUCUUGUUGUAUUAUGGUCAGUAAAAUCAUGGGAGAGGGGAACUGGGUAGAGGCUUGUUGUAACCCCUAAGAAAAUAAAGAUGGAAGUGUUAGAACUUUUUACUCAACCAGCAAAAUAUAGUAGUGCAAACAGCUCAUGAAAAUAGUUUCUUUUAUUUCAUGAUUUGAGUUAUUAUAUCAAAUGUAUACUUGUGCAAAAUGCUUUGUUAUUGAUUAUAUGGCUCAAAAUUUUUUGUCAUAACUAGUUUGGUCUACUUUCACUCUGAUCUUGAAUAUGAGGAAAAUAUAUAAGAGGAAAGCAUUUUUUCUCAGGCUGUCAGUUAUUGUGCCUUAAACAAGAAGGUAUUGCACUUGUAGUAAAGUGAAAAAAAAAUGUAAAGAAAACAAAUACCCAGAAAAUAAAGACAAGCAACAACAUCCCAAGACAUUGAAAUGAAGAUCAUAAAAGCACAAACAAAAACUCCCAAAAACUAGGUACAGUGUACUUAGAAAUUUACAGUAUGUGUGAAAAUACAUUUUAAUUUUUAUCAGAUAAACAAUAAUUGUUUUAUGGCAGUUUAAAAAUUACAUGUCUCUCAUGGACUGGCUCGCAGAAACCACACAAGUUAUUGUAACAUGCAAUCACCUAUAAUGUCCAAACAUCAUGUAAACUGGGUAUGGUACCAUAAACAUGGUCAAAUGAUUUGUUUGUAUUAAAUAAAUGUAUUUUUUUCAGUAGCUCAGGUUGCCCUUUUAUAUUGUGUUUUGUUCAACUAGAUUAAGACUUGGACUUAGUGACUCUCAGCAGUUGUUCAUUUACUAUAAGUGAGCAGGAUUAAUGCAGAAGAUUUUGUUGUUCUUAGCUGUAUUUAUCAGGGAACAAAGCCAGCUGUGAAAUGUAUUCUGGAGCAGGCCUGCCAGCUGCUAGGACACCACCAUCAAGUCCACGUGCAUCAAAAUUUAUGUACCAUCCUCCACCACUCCCAUGUCCUCCAAAAGAGCCUUCCCUAGCCCCUUUAUCAUCCUUUUCAAAUGAAUGCAAAACUGAUUUUCCUUCAGUAUUUCCCCCCCCUUCAACUCAAACAAAUGACUUGAAUCCAAACUUUUCUCCACUUACAUAUACUGUACCAGGUGUUAGUGUAUCUCCUCCAGAUUAUUCUUGUACCCCCUUUUCAUCUUUCCCUUUAUCACCUCCCCCUCCUCCAGCACCACCAGGGAAAUCAUUCUGUCCUGGAGGAUUUCCCUCUCCACCUCCGCCUCCUCCCCCACCUCCUCCCCCCCCCCCUAAACCUCCCCUAGCACUUCAAGGAGUAUCUACCUCUGCUUGUCCCCCUCCCAUUACCCCUGCCGCUGUUCCUCCUCCUCCUCCUCCCCCUCCUCCUGGAAUUAAUCCUCCACUGCCAGGUACUUCUGGAGCAAGGAAAGGUUCAACCAUAAGAAAGAAACCUGUCACACCAGGUAUGCAAGAGACAUUUAGGGCCAGUUAUUCACACAAGGUCUGACCCAAUGCAUUGUUUUACAUAAUCAGUGUGCCUCCAGCUUUCUCUAGUGAGGGUUAAUGUGACAUGAAUAAAUGUCCUUCCACAAUUAGCUUUCAGCCCACAUGACACUGUUUACAGAAAUAGAUGUUCAGAUGAAAGGGCCAGCUAAAUUGAGGAUUGUUUAGGAUGCAGUUUUGUUGAACAAUGGCUAAACUCCUAAAUGGCCCUUAAUCUUUUUAUUUCAUUAUUGUGGCAAGAAAUCUCAUUCAAUUUAAUCACUGGUUGCUGUAUGGAUCUGCACAGACAUGUUUAAAAUAAUCAGUAGAGAAACGAAACAAAUUGAUUCAGUUGUAAUGUAUAAUUAUUUUUGGUAGUAUUUGCACAUUUCACCAGUUGCCAAUUAGCUUCUUAAUUAAGGAUUGAGUUUUAAAAAGGAGCUAUAAAAAAUUUUUGUUUAUUAGGUUUAAAAAUCAAUGCCAGUCCUUUCUGUAUAGCCUGUCUUUUUUCAUUCUUGGUACAAAUUAAUUUCAUGCUAAAGAUCCUGAUGGUUCAGAUUGUCACUAUGUAUACAUUAAGUCAUUUGAAAGAUCUAAGCUAUGGACAUUUUGGGGUGUGAGACUUGAAAAUGUGAGGUGCUGAGGCUACACAGUACAACCUAGAAAUUACAUCUCUUGUAGUCUCAGUGUUUCAAAGUCUGUUCAUGGCUUCCUGGUUUUUAAGUUCAACUCAUCCUUGAAUUGUCACAUGUAGAUUAAAUGAUAUGACAAAUAUAGUAAUUCCUCUUUUUUUCUGUGGAUGCAGUAUCCCCCAUGAAACCUCUUUUUUGGAAGAGAAUACAACUCAAUCAGCUACCUGUCAGACUGGAGACUGAGGCCAGUGAAACAGUUUGGGCAACACUCGAGGAACCAACAAUUAAUGUCAGUCGCCUUGCUGAAACAUUUGCCAAGGUGGAGAGAAAGACAGAGGGAAAACUUUUAUCCUCUAGAUCGAUGCACAAAAUAAAACAGCAAGUUAUCCACUUAUUGGACAACAAGAGAUCGCAAUCUGUGGGAAUCUUUCUGAGCAGUCUUCAUGUUAAUAUGGAUGAGAUAAGAGAUGCUCUGUACAAUGUGAACACCUCCAUUGUGGAUCAGGAAAGCCUUAGCUCACUGUAUGAAAUUGUAGGUAUCUAGCUUGUCAACAGUGUGUUUUAUAAAGCUCCCUGGAGUUCUUAGAAAUUAUUAUGUUGUGAUUCAAUUUUUUCCUAAUUUUUUUGUCUGUCUUAGAUCUAUAACUAUAUUCUGAGAUUCUAGAAAAAAUGCAUGACAUCUACAUAGCACAAUGCUCAUAAACAUCUUCAGAUUAAAUCAGACUUACAACGAACCCAUAACACAAACAUGUGUCCCUGAACUAAUUUUGUAUUCAAAUACGCAUUUAGUGGUAAAAAGUGUCUACAGUAUGUGCUGAUUUCAUUUUUACCUAGAGGCCAACAAAAGAGGAACUUCAAACAAUAGCUAUAUUCUGUCAAAAGAAUUGUGAUGUGAUACUUGACAGACCUGAGCAGUUCUUAAUGGAUUUGUCAAAAAUUAGCUGUUAUGAGGAGCGACUUUACUGUUUGAUGUUAAGAACAAGCGUGACAGAUUCUCUCUCAGAAAUUGGACAGAAACUGACCAACUUUCGAUUGGUUUGUGAGGUAAAGGUCAUGAGUUCAAUUUAGAGGUGUCAUAACAUCAUUUGAUUAUGCUCAUAACAGCUACAUCAAGUGUUAGUAUCAAUAUAGUUCAAAGCUGAACAGAGAGGUUUUAGCAGUUGGAUUGGCUGGGUGACUUGUUAAUGACCCGCACAGCUUCACCUACACUUUUGUUGCCAAAAAUUUUCCACUUUGGCCCUCCCAUUCAACCAAUAGGGUGGUAGUCCUGUGGUAAAUCCUUGCAUUUGGAUUAGUUCUUAAUUGGUCCAUAUUUUGCUAUAUAAAUUGUUUCCAUGGAAACAGUCAUGAGCCAUAUAUUUUAGUUUGCAAAAGCCAGGAAAUUCAAAAUUACACAAGUUUGAAUUUGUGUUUGUGCAAUUCAAAAUAAACAAGUUUGGUCUGAGUGCCUAAUACUUUCUAACCUCUCUUGCUCAAGCUGUCCUGGAGAAUAUUGGCCAUCAGCUGUAUUUUAAUUUUGCUGUGCUUGGUCUGUGUGGCCACAAUCUCAGGUCAAUAAUCCCUAGUACAUUUGUAAUGUUCAGUUAGUUAGAUGUUACUAUUGUAUGAUCUUUGUGACCCAGUACAGGCUUUUACUGAAAAUAAUUAGUCAAAAAUCCCUGGGUGUUUAUUAUUUCAGACAGUUAGCCAAUACAUAUGUGUAUUGUUAAUAUAGGAGAACUAAUCCAUCACAGUAAUGGACCCUGUUAGCUUCCUACAUCAUAGAUUGGUUACAUGGUCCAAAAUGGGUAAACAACAGUCAUGGCCAUAUCAAAUUUAAUUGAAAAGUGCUAAGAAUGGCCAGCUGUUACUACACCUGUAACUGUCAUAUAAUAAUCUUUCCACAAAUUUGGAUUUGCAUUUUCUUAUAUAUGCUAAGGAUCCUAAAUUUCAGAAGUUAAGUAUCCAUGUGUAUAUCUUCCUCUACUGGUCACACAAAUUUGUGUUUUAAUCUUAAUGUUUUAAAGUUAAUGGUCAGAAAAAGCUAUAUUCAGAGGGCUCAAAACCAAUGUUCCCCCUCUCUGGUUGUAUGAUUUUGACAUAUGUUCAAAAACUCCUCAAUAUAUUUUUUUCUCAACUUCAGGGUUUUCAUCAUUGGAGUAAGGCUUUACUGCUGGGUAAAUUUCAAUCAUUUGAAUGCAGUCUUUUCAAAAUUAUGAUGCUGCAAAGUUUAUAAAUAAUUUGUCAGCCACAAAAUGAUUCUGUUUAUGGAAAGAUUCUUAUAAUUAAGUUGUACUUGUCAUAUUAAAGUUGUUUUUUGGAAGACAAAUUUUCAUUGUGUUCAAUGGUAUUAUCUUGAAUUUGAAACCAGUCCCUGGUCCAUGUAGGUGGUUUUAGGUGGUUUUAGGUGGUUUUAGGUGGUUUUAGGUCGUUCCAUGCUUGAGUACUUACCUUAUCUCAAAAAUGGCUCUAUGUAAUUGUUGUGAGUUUUCUCUUCUUGAAGUAAAACUUAGAUACAUCAAAUGAGGUUAACAUAUCAGACCCACCAUUUCAAACUUCUGUUUUUGGUCAACAUGUGUGCGAAAAUAGUUUGACUGCAAAGGGAGAGAGUUUAUUUUUCUCAACUCUAAAAUUAUGUUCCUUGAGUUAUUCCUCUUAGACCUCUUGUUUGAGAUGAGUGUUAAAUGCAUGGGCUCAUCUUCUGGCUGAGUAGUUUAAACCUACUAUUAAAAUGAGGGAAGUGUUAUAAAUUGUAAUUUAAGACUAAAUAAAAUUUUAUUUUAUUGUAAUGACCUACUAGAUGUUGCAGACAUGCAAAGAAGUUCCGAACAUUUUGGGUUUAGUACUUGCCUUUGGGAACUAUAUGAAUGGAGGAAACAUUGCUCGUGGACAGGCAGAUGGUUUUGAAUUGGACAUCCUUCCAAAACUGAAAGAUGUGAAAUGCAAAGACAAUUCCACCAACCUGCUACAUUAUCUUGUAACUGUGUACAUUGAAAAGUUUGAUAAGGUACAUUCUUUAUUAUGGCAUCAGUAUGUAUCAGUUUUCUGGACCAUUGCACAGUAGGGUUGUCUUGCAGUUUGAUUGGUGUUUGCUCUUGAAGCUACCUACUUAAAUAUUUUAUUAAGUGUGCAUUAGGAUGCACCCAAAGUCACAUCUUUCUGACUGGGAAAACUAUGUAAUGCUUUUAAGAAAUGAUGUCACUAAGGACAGACCUGUGAUAUAUAUUUUAAGGAAUGAUUCCUUGUAGUUUGUUAUAUUUUUUUCUUCAUUACUGACUUCCUUCAAAUGUUAUUUGUCCCAAUUGGUGUUAUAAAUAGGCAGACUUUUUUUCACCAACUGGUAGGUUCUAUGUGUUCUAUAAAUUUUUGGAGGGGUCUGCUACAAUUCGAUGUAGAUAUUGUGGUUAAAAUUUUCAUAAAGGACACUGGGAUGAAAAAAAUUGCAAACCAAACAAAAGAUGUGCUUCAGUUACCCCAUAUUACACAUGUUGGCAACAAUUUGAAGUGUUUUUCCUUAGAAUGCAGGGACUGUUAAUUCCAAGUUUCCACUACCAGAACCACAUGAUCUCAAAGUGGCAUCUCAAAUAAAGUUUGAGGACAUAGAGGCAGAAAUAAACAGCUUAAGGAAGCAGUUAGACCUAUGUAAUAAAAAGCUUUCCAAAGUGAUGAAGGAAAGUGAAGAAAGUCUUCAACAACCAUUCAGUAGCAUAAUGAGUUCAUUUCUGGAGCAGAGUCAAGGAGAGCUUUCAGAGCUGGAACAAGCACUUACAGAGUGCCAGAAAAGGUAGCUGGAAAACAAUUUUUCAGGGCCAGGAGCAUAUUGAGCAAAUGACAUCACUAGAGCAAUGUUUUCAACGUUUUGGUCCUCAGUUAUAAUUAAUUGCAUCAUAGUUUUUCUCUUUUCCUUAUACUCUUUCACUAUUCUUUUCCAUGUGAGGGAUUUAAUAUCAUCAAGAUGUUUAUACAAUCUUCUAUUUUUUAGAGGGACAGGAAAGGCAGAAAAUGUUUCAACAAAUGUCACGGAGUGUAGGAAAAGUGUCAAACUAAAGUUACCUCUGUCAUCAUUUGGAGAAACUGUCCCACACACAGGUCCCUUUGCUAAAUCAGUGUUAUGAUGAAUGUCUGGUCUUGUAGCCAUUUCUAUGUACUGGUAUGCUACAAGGGUUAUCUUUCUCCAUAGUUAAAGGCAGUGCCCACUUGGGUGUGAUGAAUUAGGUGAUUGAUAAUAUUUUAUCUCACAGUUUGUUAGGUUGAUUUUAAAGGUUUCUUACAGGUACUCAUCCCUUUGGAGAUUCUUCAAUGCCAAACCUAUGGCUACAUGUAGUCCACCUCAAGAAUUCCUUGAGAUCUGGGCAAAGUUUAGUUCUGACUUCCUGUUAUUCUGGAGAAAGGAGCAGCAGCUGAUUGCCAAACAUGCUUUUGAAGAAACAAAACGAAAAGUGUACAAGGAAAAAGUAGAAGGAAUAUCUGUGAAGCCAGCAACUGUUAGUGGUUUGAAACUUAAGUUGGCCUCUUCAAGAAAGGCAAAUGCUAGCUGAGCCAACUAAAUGAAAGUACUGGUAGAAUGGUUUGGCUCCUGUAGUUACCAAGACUUCACAGUAGUGGGUUUCACUUUGAAAGAAAGGAAAUGUACAUCAUGUAGUACCAUGAGAAUUUGCUUCCCCUAAUUUCUUUUGAUCAAAGUUCUCUCAUUAUUUGUGAACAUAGCAACCUAGAGUGGUGGCAGUUGCAAUUGAAUUGAAUGAAAACAUUAGAUCUUUGAGUGCUUUUGUUGUCAAUAAGCAGAGUGCAAUAGUACUUCCAUUCUUUUUCACCAUUCUGGUGAGGGAUUUGGCUCUUGUCCAUUGUAACUGUGUGUGAUAUUUAAAAAUUGAGAGUUAAAUUGUCACCAUUCCAUGCUGCAAUGAAGCUGCGGCCAUGCCAAAUGUAAAAAAAAUUUAUACACAUAGUUGUGUACCCAAUUAUGACCACGUCUCUAACAGGGUAACAGAUUAGGCAGAAAAGUUUAACUCAAAUAUAACCAGGUACUUCAUUUCACAAAGGGAAUUCCUGUUUCUUAGUGGAGGUCUUAUCGUGAAGUGCGGUGAAUCUAUUAUAAGCUUUCCUGGCCAACCUUGUACCAAACUGCAUAUAAAACAUGUAUCAGGAUAACAAAGUAGCCAGACAAGACAAUUAUAUUUAUAGCUAAUUUAUUAAUGUAAUAUUUAUUAAUGUUUACCCAGUAAAGUCAUACUUGUAUUUAUUUAUUUAUCCUAAUAAGUCAUAUAUCCUAGUAUAAAUAAUGCACUGCUUAUUUAUUUAUUUAUCUUUAAGUUAAUAAGUCAUAUAUCCUAGUAUAAAUAAUACGUUACUCUAUUUAAGACAAAUUAUUAUGCAAUAUUGGAUACAAUAUAGGGAGGUAAGCAAUUAAUUGUUAUGUAGAUUACAGAAACCAAAUCAAGUGGAAACUCCUUGCUGUGGGAGAGGAAAGAAAAGCCUUUAUUUUGCAAGGGGCAAGAUUGAAAUGAAAAAAGAGUGAGAAAAAGAGAAUUACAGGAUGUAGUUAUAUGUCAAUUCAUCACUUGACAAUUCUUAACUAUUUCUCUGUCCUAAGGGAACUCAGUUAGACGUUUAUUAAAACCAGGAAUACUGGAACACACAGGAACACCAAAACAUGCUGCAGCUCUAGAGCAACCUAGAACACCGCAAAAUAUUGAAAGAGAAAAAAAGAAAAGAAAAAAUAUCUACAUAUAUAUAUACAAGAAUUUAUGAAAAUGAAACUCGAUUUGGAGGGAUUUUGCGCCCUUUGUGUGUCGAGUCUGUUAUCAAGUUUUUCAGUUGACUAGUAACCUCGUUGUAAGGGGCUUUGGAGUACUGGUGCUUUUUUUGCGUUGCAGUUGCCGUGCACUUUUCACUACAUAUGUUGUUUUCAGUUGAAAUCUGGGAUAAUCACCCCAAUCCUCAGCCAUGUCUCUGUUUUUUGUUUCACAAGUACGCGUCAGGUUGUAUUUCUCUCUCUCUCUCUCUCUCUCUCUUUUUUCUUUCUUUUUUUUUUUUUUUUUUUCUUCUUCAUUUUGGUUUUUCAACUUGGUGUGCUGAGUUGUUAUGGUGUUUCUGGGUUAAGAACAUGCAACUCAUUUGCAUGUCUAAGACAUCAGGCAGUCUUGAUAACUGAAACAAAUAACGAAGCUUGACAGGUUUGAAUAAGACAUUUGUUCUUCAUGCGAAGAUCCACCACUUUCAAUGACACUGAGCUGAAUAAUUGUUUUCGUAGGUACCGCACAGAUUCUUAAAAAAAUAAAUACCGAC